CGAAAUAGGAAGGUAGCCGUAACUUGUCCACUCCAUCCAUGUCCACGGAGAAAGUUCGCUCUACCAAGCUCAAGUUCAAAGGAGACAAGACCAAGAGAAAGCGUAAGAGAGAAGACGGCGACGACGACGAGGGUAGAAGUGGUACUCGCCGCAAAGAUGACAAUAUAGACCCCGAAACAUGGGUAUUUCCCGAGAAUCCAGACGAAAUACGCGGCCCUACGUUUAUAGUGCACCCUUCCGAUCCCGUUCCCAUAUCUAUCAACUUCAAUGCAACGACAAGUCGCAUUGUGAUCCAUGCUUUAGACAAGGACAAAGCCGAAGACUCUAAAGAACCUCCGCAUGUGUUAGAGCGAACGCCGACAGAUGUAGCUCAGGUAUGGGUAACUACCAGAGUUGCAGGGUCUCCAACAAUUAAUAUUAGAUCAGGAACUGGUGAAGGGAAAUUCUUGUCUUGCGAUACGCAUGGGAUAGUAUCCGCCGACAGAGACGCACGCGGUCCACAGGAAGAAUGGACUCCUGUAAUCAUGCCAGAUGGAAUGGUUGCAUUCAUGAACGUAUACGAGAAGUAUAUGAGUAUCGAUGAAGUAGCCGGAGGCUCGCUACAACUCCGUGGAGACAGUGAACAAGUCGGCUUCGGAGAGCGUUUUUGGGUGAAGAUUCAGUAUAAAUACAAGAAGGAGGCUACUGAAGAUAAAAAGAAGAAGCAAGAGGGAAUGAGUGGGCCACCCAAAAUUGAUGAGUCCGCAACAAACCAUCUUUACCAAGCCUGGGGGGCAGGUCGAAGUGUAACCUCCGUAGAAGAUAAGAAAGAGCUGAAACGAGCGCGGAAGGAGGGCCGGUUGGCAGAAGCAUUAUUGGACAGACGAAGUAAACUCAAAAGCGAUCGGUUCUGCUGAAACAUGUAGUAUCCUCCCGCAAUCGGGCGGCUUUAUCUCAUACUUUCGAUCAAGACCGUUGCUCUCCUCUGUAACUUCGCAAGUGUUUAACGUACGCGAAAAUGUACAUAUACAA